AUGAGAGAAGAAAGCAGUAUCGAAAUAAAUAACAAGACUGUAGUUACCGAUACGACGGUUAACGAAGCCGAAGAAAUCGUUAAAACGGUCUUCUUCAAUAAGAUAGAGUCCUAUGCGAAGCCGGAUAAAACACCGACCAAGAAAUUCACAACGUCGGGUACGAAUACGAGGAAGCCUGGCAUCGCGAGCUCCAGCAUCAACGAAAUCGAAAACGAGAAGAGUAAAAAGAAGAAACCCUUGAGGAAACCGAUUCAGGACGAAGAAGACGACGACGACGACGAAAUUCUAGAAGAUAGUAUGGACAAUGACGGUGGCGACGACGAUGAAGAUGAAGAUAUUUUUAACGACGAUGAAGAUGAUAACGAGAAGGAUAGCGAAGCAGAGGAGGACGAAGAUGAGAAGGUUGACGGAAGUGAACACGAGAAUCACGAGGUCGAAGACGAGAAAGGCGAGAUUGAAGAUUUAGAUGACGACGACGACGAAGAAGAUGCAAUGAUCAGCGCGUUGGUUUAUGACGAAAAUGAGAAUGGAAAGAAGCAGGGCAAAGUGAAGAAGCAUCACCAGUUUUCUGUAGCUUACGGAGACUCGGAUUACGAAUUAGACUUGGCCGGGCUUCUGGCAGGAAAUAGGCACUCGAGGAGCAAUAGUCACACCAAAGAAACGAGAUUUUUAAAUCUUAUCGAGGGAUCGAAAGGAGGAGUUUUAUCGAAACAAUCAAGGGACGGUAGUUUCCGAAAUCGAUCAGUCGAAUGUUUAGCAAAGUCUGCCGUUCAAGAUUCUUAG